AUGAGUUUAACAAAGUUGAACCUUAAGUUCAAAUCAUUGACCUCCCGUGUCUGGCGCCACCAUGAAGCUUCCGAGCUACUGAUGAAGAAGCCCAAAAAGUUGAGAGCCGCUCUCAACAAGGUAAAAAAUCUUACCCGCUUACUUUCUUCUAAGAAAGUGCAACCUCCAGCUUCUUUUCCUGCUGAAAACGAAGCUGUCUAUCCAACUACCGCUGCAGCUUUGGCAUCCAUUGAAGUUUGUCCAGGCUCUACCACCUUACCCAUAUCAGAAGCAUCCACCUUAUUUGACUACUCUUCUAAUUCUCAAAUGACUCCAGCCACUAGUUGUGCUGUUUAUCAUGUUAGGGCUGGUGCUUUGAAAGGAGCAGCUAAUUCCAGUUUCCUGCUCAAGAAAUCCGUUUCAUUCGGAUAUACUACUACCAUCUACUUUGUCAAGCACUCCUUUACUUCCUAUAAAGAGGACACAAUUACUUCCAUUGUUUCGGCAAUCCCACGCCUUGAAGAGUCUGAAGGUAUUUUUAAAAUUGGCGAUGCCGCCGACAUCUUAGAAUGCGAUCGUUCAUUCUUUGAUUCUGAGUCUUUGAACUCAAACGAGUGCUCUUCACUCAUUGGUGUCACAUCCACCAACAGUGACCCUUUAACUGCUAACUCUUUGGUUUAUUCCUCCGAUUUUGUGGAGUUCUCCCACUAUCCAUUUGAUUUCACCGUGCCUGUUGUUCCCGAGGCCAUUGGUGAUUCCGUAAUGAGACUUUCCAGUCACUUACGUAUGUACCGUGUUAUGAAAAUGUGUCUGUUCUUUUCUGAGAACAGAUACAUAGCUGAAAAGACCGAUGAUGUUGAAGAUUCUUCUAAUGGUUUUGAGGUAGUAUCCAAGACUGUUGUUGAGAUGACUGGAACUUUUUCUUCUCCUUCUUCUUUGUCUUCCUCUUCCGUCGAGUUCUCCAAGGAAGUUUGUCAUGACGAGAUAGACUUCCCCCAUAGCCAUCAACCCUUGAAUGACCUCCUGGAUGACCCGAAGGAAUCAUCUGCCGUCAAUUGCGUUCUGCGCGCGACCGUAGUUGUUGGCGGACGAUGUAAAGAGGUUAGUUCAGAAUUUGAAGGAGCAACUAAUUCGAAUGUUUCAACUCAGUCAGAUGACUUCGAACCUCAAUUGAUUUCUGAAAUUUCAUCGACCCCUUGCUCUAUGAAAAAAGUACUUGAAGUAAAAUUUGGUUUACCAACUGUUAGUCAGAAAAUUGAGCCAAUUUUGACCCCAAAUGAAGAGGACUUGAAGGAUGUUUAUCUGUCUGAAACUGACACAGAUAGUCCUUCAGGAACUCUUUCGAUUGAUAUCCUAACUUUGACACAGUCAGAGAGGAGAUCUCUUCAAUGUCAAAGCAAACGGCUUACGAAUUAUUCUGACUAUAAGCUAGCAAGCAAGUUAAUCAGGGCAUUAAAGCGAGAUCUUCACACAGCUGAUAAAACCAUUAGUCGCAUUCCAAAUGCUGGCACACUCAAGCUUUGGUUCGAGUAUCAAUUAGGAAACAUACCUGAAAUUGACAGGUCUCUUUUCAAAAAGAUUGAGAAUAAUUAUUUAACAUUGGAAACACUUUGGUUCAGUGGUAGGAUACCAGAAGAACUUGACAGUACUGUUGAAGAUUUGGCCGAAAGUGCACAGUCUAUUCUGGAAUGGCACCUAUCAAUUGUAAGUAUGAUGAACGAGAAUGGUUAUACCCACGAAACUAUUAAGCAAAUGAAUUCUAGAGCCAAUAAAAUAUCUUGGGUUGAUGAUGAUGAAAGUUCAGUGCUGAAACGUUCUCCAAUGAAACAACUACCAGAUACCCUCGUUAAUAAAUAUCUUCAGAGAGUAAUUGAAAUGGAUUACUGA